AUGACCGAAAUCAGCGAGAAGGAGAACGACUCGGAAAACCGGGACACUUACCGGGGCCACGUUAGCACACCGACUCAACCCGAAUCCAAGCUGCAGCGCCUGAAGCGGUCCCUGUCCUUCAAAUCCGUGAUGCGCAGCAAGAGCGUGGACAACUUCUUCCAGCGAGGCAACAACAACAACCUCAGACUCCCGCCCGUCAUCACGGCCAAUCCGCCGCCCCCGUUGUCCUCGCCGCCGCCGCCGCCGUUCCCGGAGAGCCCGCUGGCCUACGAGAGGUCGCCGUCGCUCUCCUCCUCGGCCAGCCCCGACCCCUCGCUGUCGUCCUGCUCCCCCAACACCAGCCCGUCGGCGACCCUCGCCCCCGCGCCGGGCCCCGCCCAGGUCCUGCUGCGGCCCGUCAAGACGCACUGCUUCCAGGACCACGUCUUCCGCAAGCCCACCUGCUGCGAGAGAUGCAAGCAGAUGAUCCAAGGGAACUCCAAGCAGGGUAUUCGCUGUAAAACCUGUAAACUGGGGGCACAUCUGUGGUGCUCUUCUGAACUCUCCACGCAACCCUGCAAUGGCAAGACGGGGGCGUUCAAGAGGAACUUCAGCUCUCCUCUGCUGACCAGUGACGCGCUGGGGAUGGUCCGAGAAGCCCCGCCCUCGCAGGAGGGGUGUGUAGACCCAGUGUAUGAGGCUCUUCGCUAUGGAACGUCUCUGGCCCAGCUCAGUAGAUCCAGCUUCAGCAGCACGCCAGAGUCUCCCUGUCAUGAGUGUCCAGGACUAGAAACCGAGACAAUCGCUGAGGAAGAGCCCAUUCCAGGAACCCUUACUCCUCCUGAGAGUGAGAAGGCUGAUUCAGAAGACCAGUUCAGCAUGAAGAGCACCAAGCGUGUGGACACUCCCUCUGUUCACACAUACGUCGCUCUCUACAAGUUCCUCCCCCAGGAGAAGAACGAUCUGGAGAUGCAGCCUGGGGACAGGAUUCACGUUACAGAUGAUUCUAAUGAAGAUUGGUGGAAGGGGAAGAGCAGGGAGAGGGUGGGAUACUUCCCAGCCAACUUCGUCCAGAGGGUCCGGCCCGGGGAACGGGUGUGGAAGGUCACUGCUGGUUUCCACGGAAACAGAGACAAAGGCCAGAUGACUGUCAAGGAAGGACAGGUGUGUGUGGGGAAGACGGAGGAGGCGGACGGCUUCCUGAGACUCUCCAGCGGUAAGAAGAGAGGUCUGGUGCCGGUCAAGAACCUCCUGGACAUAUGAGCGGAGCACCACCCCACGACGCUCGACCGACGACUGGUGUUUUA